AUGGCCGCGUUGGUGCGUGCAUUCCGGACCUCCCUGCGAAGUGUUGUACAAAGGCAGUCACAGGGGAACUCUAGUCCCCCUUGCAAUUCGCUUCCUUCUGCAUCGACAAAAGGGUCUGAGCUACCUGGCGGAGUGGAGAGUGCUGCUGAGGGAAAUGUUGAACGUUUGGCCGGCCACGCCGCCGCGGUCGCACGAGAGAACCCAGUGGCUCUGGCGCAGCUGACUGCAUAUCUACACGUAAUCGACAGUGUCGACUCGCUGUACCAGAAGUACGGAGUGUCCGAGCAGAAGGAUAGAGAUGAUUCGAUUAAAAGGGCAGCUAAGCUCGUCGGUCUUCGUCUGCCCAGUGCCCCGACUGGCAGGCCAGAGGGAGCAGGCUCAGGUGGCUCGUGA